GUAUACUUAACCAGUGCUGUGCUUAGAUAGAUUAAUAACUUACCAAACAUAUAUAACAUUCAAUUAAACGCUGGGAGUUUAAAAUUUGUUUUGUUUUCGAGUGGUACUACUGAUAGCUGCCUAGGCAGCAGCGGCCGCUGAGUUACGAGUUAUCUUUCAACAGUUAGUCGUCUGCCGCCAGUGCCGCAAGUUAUAACCUCACAGUUGAUAACCGCGACGCGCGGGUAUAACAGGCGUAUUGGUUCUAAUAGGAUUUCAAACUUCCACUUAUUCUAACUUUACGUUUUUAUUUAAGUACCGUAUUGUUCGAUUGUCUUAUUUGGUAACAUAUUGUAAGCCUAGUGUUCUAACUCUCUCUCUAUCAUCUUUUUACACUUAUCAAUCAAUCAUAAACUGGAUACUUUUUAUAACCUGUAGUUUCAAAAUUAAUUCAUGUCUUCAGAUGAGGAUGGUUUCUGCAAUUCUAGUUUUUGGGACUCCACCAUCUCCUGGGAUACAGACAAUCCUCGGCUCCCCUUGUGUUUCGAGAAGACCGCUCUGGUGUGGGGUCCAUGUCUGCUGCUCUGGUUACUCACACCUCUCGAGCUGUUCGUCAUAUUCCACAGCAAGUGUAGAGAUGUGCCUUGGAGGUUUACAAACACUACAAAACUAUGUCUCAAUUUGGUACUUAUCGUACUGAGUGUUACCAGCUUCGUCUGGUCACUGACCCUGAGUAUGGCAGGAGAAAAGGUUUACCCUGUUGAUCUGUGGACUCCUGCUGUAACUUCUGCUACGUUUGUGUUGACGUUGGUACUACUAAUUUGGGACACGAAAAGAGGACUCCAGUCUUCAGCAGUUCUGUUCUUGUUUUGGCUAAUUUUGAGUACAGUUGGCGUCGCACAAUUCUUCACCGAAUUUAGAGAAGCAGAGUAUGACGAUUCAGAGGAAAGUUUAUACAGAAGUCUUCUUUACAUAUUUCACUACCCUCUUGUGGUUUUAAUGUUUUUACUGAACAUAUUUGCUGAUCCACCGCCGAAAGUAACCGACUAUCCAAAGAGUCAGAAACUAUGCCCAGAGGUACAAGCCUCAUUUGCCUCAAGAAUGAUUUUUGGAUGGUUCGAUCAGCUGAUAUGGAAGGGUUAUAAGAAAUCUUUAAAUGUUGCCGAUCUAUGGGACUUACGUUAUCAGGACACUUCGGCUCAGAUAGUAAGACGAUUUGAGAGAAGCUGGGCAAAGUAUUAUGGUGAUGAUACUGAGGCUGCUGCCAGUGGAUUGUACAAGAAACUUGAAUCAUAUGGAACACUGAAAAAUACAAGUAAUGUAAAGAAGAAGAGAGUCACUAUUCUUUGGCCUAUCUGGGGGGCUUUUCGGAGCCCAAUUAUGUCUUCAGCAGCAAUUAAGAUCAUAGGAGAUAUUAUAUCAUUCGUUAAUCCACAGAUUUUAAACUUGCUGAUCCAGUUUGUAGACAGUAAGGAGUACAUGUGGAGAGGGUUUGCCUACGCAAUCGGCAUGUUCGUUACUGCAGAAUUGCAAUCCAUCUUCUUCCAUCAGCAGCUGAUGUCUAUGUACAGAGUUGGUCUCAACUGGAGGACUGCUAUCAUGUUUGCUGUUUAUAAGAAGUCUCUGCGCAUCUCCAAUGCAGCCCGCAAGAGGUACACAAUGGGAGAAGUUGUAAAUAUGAUGGCUGUGGAUGCUCAGCGAUGUAAUGACUUUGCAUCAUACUGUCACUUUACUUGGGCCAGUCCAUUCAUCAUCUUUGUUGCUCUCUACUUCCUCUGGCAGAUUCUUGGUCUAGCAGCAUUAGCCGGACUCGCUGUCAUGCUCAUCAUCAUUCCAAUAAAUGCUCUUAUAGCGAAGAAAGUAAAACUCCUACAAAUGGAACAGAUGACAUAUAAGGAUGAAAGAGUCAAACUGAUGAAUGAAGUAUUGGCUGGAAUCAAGGUAUUAAAGCUCUACGCUUGGGAUCCAAGUUUCAGAAACCAAAUUCUCAAGAUAAGAGAGAAGGAGAUAAGAGUGUUAAAAUCAGCUGCAUUGUGGAAUGCUUCCAUCUCCUUUCUUUGGCUCUGUUCUUCAUUCCUGGUGUCACUUGUCACUUUCGCAGUGUUUGUGAUGAUCGAUGAACGCAACGUUCUCACCUCAGAAAUUGCAUUUGUGGCCACUGCACUGUUCAAUAUUAUGAGGACGGCUAUAUCCAUAAUGCCCAUGACGGUGCAGGUUCUGCUUCAGUUUCUGGUGUCUUAUAGAAGAAUAGAUGAGUUUAUGAAUGCUGAAGAGUUGGAUAUAAAUUCGGUAUCUCACGAUGAAAGUAAAGAUGAUCCAUUAAUCAUGGAGGGUGGAACGUUUUCUUGGGGAACAACAAAUGUAGAAAGGCCUAUUUUGUGCAAUGUUACACUCAAGAUACAACCAGGACAGUUGGUAGCAGUGGUGGGAGCUGUCGGCUCUGGCAAGAGUUCCCUCAUCUCUGCCUUCCUGGGUGAGAUGGACAAAAUCUCUGGAUAUGUCAACACUAAGGGUAAAAUAGCAUAUGUACCUCAGCAAGCGUGGAUACAAAAUGCUACACUGAAAGAUAACAUUUUGUUUGGCAGUAGCUUCAACAACAAAAAAUACAUUAAUACUAUAGAAGCCUGCGCUCUUAAACAAGAUUUUGAUAUGCUGCCUGGCAGAGAUUUUACUGAAAUAGGAGAAAAGGGUAUCAAUCUUAGUGGAGGUCAGAAGCAGAGAGUAAGCCUGGCUCGAGCUGUGUACAAUGAUGCAGAUAUUUACCUGCUGGAUGAUCCUCUCAGUGCUGUGGACUCUCAUGUUGGCAAACAUAUUUUUGAGAAUGUUAUUGGCCCCAGAGGAGAACUCAGAAAAAAGACCAGAAUUUUGGUAACUCACGGAGUAACAUUCCUGAGCCAAGUGGACAAGAUCAUAGUGUUGAAAGGUGGUGAAAUUACAGAGGAAGGGACAUUCAAAGAACUUAUGGCCAAGAAAGGAGAAUUCGCUGCCUUUUUGGUACAACACAUCACAGCUACUGAUGACCCUGGAUUACAAUCAGAAAUUGAAGACAUGCUUGAUGAUGACACUGAUAAACUGAUCUUCAGAGAAAAUAUUGAACAUAGCAAAACUGAGUCUACAAGAUCAUCAACUUCUUCACUAAGUAGCCAGUUGACUGUGGACUCCGACGAUGACUUGGAAUUCACUUCUCACAUUGAUAGAUUGAUUCAAGCUGAGAAAACUGAAACUGGCAGUGUGAAGUGGAGCGUUUACACUCACUACCUGAAGUCUGCAGGUAUACUGCUCUGUAUAGCCACAGUGGGGUUCAUGGCUCUGUUUCAAGCUUUCUCAGUGUUGUCCAGCAUUUGGCUGUCUGACUGGACCAAUGACAAGGCGGCAGCUGUAGACGGAGUUCAGGUUCCGGAAAAACGCAGCUUUUAUCUAGAGAUUUACACACUGUAUGGAGUUGGGCAAGUGGCCGCAGUUUUGGCUAGUGCCUACACUCUUGCCCUUGCUACAGUCCUGGCUUCACAUCGCCUUCACCUCUCAAUGCUAACUAAUGUGCUGCGUUCACCGAUGAGCUUCUUUGAUACCACUCCAACGGGAAGAAUUGUCAACCGAUUUGGAAAAGACAUUGAAGUUGUUGACAACACGCUGCCUUUCUCAGUCAAUAACGCUUUGUCGAUGUCUGCCAAUGUUGUAGGGACACUGGUUGUUAUCACCUGGUCAACUCCAGCUUUUGCUUCCAUCAUUGUUCCUGUUGGAUUGCUUUACUAUUUAGUACAGAAGUUUUAUGUUACAACUUCUCGCCAACUGAAGAGAAUAGAGUCCGUGUCCCGAUCUCCCAUAUUCUCCCACUUCAGUGAGACUGUUUCUGGUGCUUCAUCGAUCAGAGCAUACAGGGUUGAGAACCGUUUUAUCAAAACAGCGGAAGACAGGGUGGAUGCCAAUCAAGUCUGUUACUACCCCAGCUUGAUCUCAAACAGAUGGCUCGGUAUCCGGUUAGAGACAAUAGGCAAUAUUUUAAUUUUCUUUGCAGCUUUAUUUGCUGUUUUGGAAAGAGAUACAUUAGAUCCUGGAAUUGUUGGUCUCUCCAUUAGUUAUGCUUUGCAGAUUACAGGGAUGCUGAACUUUGCAGUGCGGAUGGCCUCGGAUAUUGAAACAAACAUUGUUUCAGUCGAGAGGAUUAAAGAGUAUGCUGAAAUUCCUCAGGAAGGAGCAUGGGAAGUUCAGCCCAGGCCUGACCCCAAGUGGCCAGCUCAUGGUACUGUCGAGUUCAAGGACUUCCAAGUACGUUAUCGAGAAGGCCUGGAAUUGGUGCUGAGAGGGGUCUCCUUUGUCAUCAAUAGCCAAGAGAAGAUUGGUAUAGUUGGUCGAACUGGAGCAGGCAAGUCCUCUCUCACUCUGAGUUUGUUCCGUAUACUGGAAGCUGCUGGGGGACAUAUUUACAUUGAUGGUCUGGACAUCUCCAAGAUUGGACUAGGAGAUCUCAGGUCCAAGCUUACCAUCAUUCCUCAGGAUCCAGUUCUUUUUUCUGGUUCUCUUCGAAUGAACUUAGAUCCAUUUGAGAUGUACAAUGACUCAGACCUUUGGCAUGCUCUGGACUUGGCACAUCUUGGACUAUUUAUCCGUUCCCAGCCUGAGAAGUUAUUCCACACAAUCUCCGAGGGUGGAGAUAACUUGAGUGUUGGCCAACGACAGUUGGUAUGCCUGGCUCGAGCACUGCUGCGGAAGACUCAGAUAUUGAUCCUGGAUGAGGCCACAGCCGCCAUUGACUUGGAGACAGAUAACUUGAUACAGCAGACAAUACGAGAGGAGUUCAAGGAUUGUACAGUUCUCACAAUAGCUCACAGACUCAACACCAUCAUAGACUCUGACAGGGUUAUAGUGCUGGAUAAAGGAAAGGUGAAAGAAUUUGAUUCACCAUCAAAUCUUCUCAAACGGCCAACAUCAAUAUUUCAUGGAAUGGCAAAACAUGCUGGUCUUAUAUGAUAUUAUCUUGCCCAUAUCUAUUAAUGAGAUUGUCACACCUGGAAUAACACCAGAUACUCAUAUUGCUAUUAGAACUUGUAUGUUUAAGUGAAUUUACAUAACUCAUUUGUUGUGCAGGGAACAUUAAUUAUUUUGCUUGAUGGGUUGACAUAAACUAAAAAACACCAAAAAUAAUAGGAGAUAAGGAAAAGAAUUAAACAUUUUGAUCUGAUGUUGAAGCAGAAUAGCUCUGUAUGGAAACUAUAUAAACAUAUAAACCUUGUAAUUAUCAUCAUAGCAGUAUGGAAUCAAAUAGCCACACAACAAUAUGUUGUUAUGAAAACACUCACUCUGUAAUUUUAAACAUAUUUACAGCCUACUGAGUACUGAUUACAGAAAAACUUGUACUUGACGUUUGUACCAGCUUAUAACAAUUUGUAUUAUUAAUAAUAUUUGUAAUUUUUUUAUUUGCUGCUUAAAUCUGUAUAAGUAUACUGCUUUAGCUCAUUAAUGUAUUGAGACAUACAGAAUCCAUAUUUUAUGGAUUUCUGGGAGAAUACCAUAUUUCAGAUAAUGUUUUGUGUAAGACUACAGUGGCGUGUAUAUAUAAAAUUAUUUUGGAGAGUAAUGAGAUGGUUUAGGAGGUAUAAAAUAUCUUCCAAAAACAGGAGCUUGUUAUUCUACCCCUGGGACAUUUUUGAGAUUUAAUAACUUUUAAAUGUGUUCUAGCUCAUAAUAAUCUACAGGGUGCAAUUUUAAUAGGGGAGGGGUGGUUGAGAACCCAGAGCUCCCUUUAUAUUCAUCCAUGAGACUAGGGAAGGUAAAAAUGUUAACUAAUUCCAAUUAGAUCAGGUUAUUGCUACAUAAAUGUGCAUAGGGAAUUCUCUGUAGUCAGGACUCUUUUGUGUGAAAGACUUCCCCAAUCUAAUAAUAAUGGUUUUAAAAGAAUAUUACUUGCAAUUUGAUUCAAAUUUGAAAGUUCAACAUUUAACAAAUUUUAGUUGAAUUAAGAAACUUACUUGUGUUCAUAUCCUCAGCUGUCAUAACUAUCCCUUGCAACACUUAAUCUCAAAAGAUUACAUAUAAUAUUAGUUUUUGAACAGCACCGAAAGUUUGAACUGAGGUAGUUCAAACUUGAUGUGAUAACUGAGCAUAGAUAUAUAUGUCUGUAAUAAGUUUGCAUCCAGCUUUUGUAUAAAAACUUUAUGUUCAACCAUGAAACAUGUAGCAUUUUUAUUAUUUAUAUUGUUAUGUGUAUAUAAUUAGCAAAUUACAACAAGUUUUAUUAA